GACCUCUUGGCUCGCAUUGAGGAGGAGAAAGAACAGAGCCGCAGGUUCGAGGACCAGCUGCGUACCUGGCUUGACGUCGAGUCCCUGGGCCCUUCCUCUUCCUCCUCACCACUUUUCUUGCCUUCUUCGUUACUGUCUGUACCGGAGAUCGUAGUGCCCUCCCCAAAGAUGGCUGCCCCACCUGCACUUGCCCUGGUAUUGACCCUGUGCCUACACAGGUGCUCACAUUUUAAGACCCCAAGUACCCUGUGCUCAUCAGUUGAGACUGUUUCUGUGCCCAUUUUUGUAGCAGAAGGAGCGCAGUGUCCGCAGUGACCAGGCUAGGGGAGCUGCCAGUUUGUAUAUUUCCGCAGAUGUGACACAGGCGCGGAUAUAAUCUCCCAGGCCGAAGGACGCCGAAAUCUACCGCGCUGUAAGAACUCUGUUUCGACUUUUGAAGGCCGUAUUUUUGGGCUUUUUACACAAUGAAUCCGUCUGGGCUUUUCGGCAGAACACAAGGCGGAGCGUUUCAGUCUCCGCGCGCCCCGACCUCGGGGCUCUUUUCCUUCGGCCAGCAGAACGCCCCUUUCGUGCAGCCGCCUGCCCUCGGCCAGGGCACCGGCCAGACCUCGCUCUUCAGUACAUCGUCUGCCUUCGGCCAGACCGGAUCCCUUUUCGGGCAGCCUGGCGGGACGGCGUCUGGACAGGCCCCGACCUUCGGCAUGCCCGGUUCUGGGAGUCAGACCCCGUCGUUUGUACAGAGCGACACCAGGUUCGGCCCGCCGCCCUCCUUCGGGCAGCCGGCCGGGGUCGGUCAGAGCUCUGUCUUUAACCAGAACUCGGCUUUUCCCCAGACCUCUGCCUUCGGACAGACCGGCGGAUUUGCUCAGCACACACCCGGCUUCGGCGGCUCUAACGCUAUCUCCGCCUCCUCUGUUCCCCCCUCCUCGGGGUCUAGUCAACCACUGAGAUUCGGACAGUUGUCCACAGGGUCUUCUUCGGUAUUCUCCCCUGGAAGCGUUCAGGGCCGCGGAUUUAGCACCUCAGAGUUCAGCUUCAAGCCGUCAGACGCAGCUGUGUUCAAACCUAUUUAUAGCGCCAGUCCUGAACCGGCUGUGUCCCAGGCUGUGUCCGAGUCUUUUGGUUCCAGCCCAUCCAGCACCACCGCUACCAGUAUGGACAGCAGUGGGCCUGCUCCUGCUGCCUCUGAGUUCCUUUCUGGAGCAUUAGGUUUUAGCUUCUCACAGCCCAUCGCAGUGUCCAGCAGCAUCCUCCCCACCAAAGAUGCACAUCCCAGCACCACCCAGGAGUUCAGCUUCUCGAAACCAGCAGCACCCUCCGUUGGUGCUGGCAGUGGCCUGGGUGGGGGGACCUCCCAGGCCGCCUCUGUCUCCAGGUACUCUGCCUCUAGCCUCCAUGAGCCCCGGCCACUGUUUGGUGCUGUCAGCUUUGGUCCGCUAAAACCCAAGACUGACGCUGGGGUUGUGUCUGGU